AUGCGGGUGGCUGAUUUUAACCUGCAUUAAACUUUUACACUAAGGGCAACAUCAGCAUUCAUACACAGGACAGAACCAGCUGAGCUGCAAUGAAGGCGGUGUGUCUUCUUAUUCUCGCCUCAGCAACGGUCUUCAGUAUGACCGCCAUUCAGUGCCAAAAUAUACCGAGCGACUCGGGUGGAGAAAGUCCGACUCUGGAUGAGGUCUUACAGCGCACUGAGAACCAGUUGCUUCAGUCUAUUCUGCAGAAAACAGAGGACGAUGAAAACGCAAAUGCAGACUGGCUGGAGAAGAGACAGCACCCGGGCAAACGGCAGCAUCCCGGCAAGCGCGAUGAGGAAGAUUACGAAGAAGAUUACGCAGAUUUCCAAAAGCGGCAGCAUCCUGGGAAACGCGGAGACUAUGAUGACUUUUUCAUUGAGGUCCAAAGAAGACAACAUCCAGGCAAGCGCUCAGCACUGGAGGGACAGAUGUCCAUGCAAAACGAGCUUUUAAACGAGCUCUCCAAGCGCCAGCACCCGGGCAGACGGUACACGGGCUUUGAUAAGCGUCAGCAUCCCGGCAGACGCGCGUUAGAGGAAGGACCAGACAGUGUAGUGGACUUGCUGGAACUGGAUAAACGGCAGCACCCCGGUAAAAGGUUCUGGGACGCGACAGGAACGGAUGUGUCCUCUAACGGGGGCCCGUGUGAUGUACUGGGAUGCAGUAAAGUCAGUCUUCUGCUCCAGCUGCUCAAUGAUGUGAAGCAAAGUCGCUUGGAAGAGAAGCGGCAACAUCCAGGCAAGCGGCUGCUCGCACCAGAAGAGCUAACAGAGAUGGAUUAGGAAGGAUCUGUACUGUGACCAGAAACGAAUCGAAAAAAUAAUAAUUCACACCACAUCAGCUCAUUGUUUUUUUGUUUGUUUACUGUUAAACCGAGCCACAUGAGAUAUAUGCAAUGGUUUGGAAAUGUCGGAUAAUUAAACCAAUAGCAGAUCCUUUUUGGUCUAAAGAUAAGCAUUUUAAGUUGUAUAUGGAUAUGAAAUGCAUUCUAUAUCAGAUUGUGUAUUAGAAUUAGUUUUAUCAAUGUCACAAGUCAUGGUUUGUCAUAAAUAUUAAAUAAAUAAAAUAUUACAGUACAAUUAAAAUAAUUAAUUAAAUAUUAUUAACAAAACAAUAUUAUGACUGUGCCUUGUGAUGGACUGGUGACCUGUCUGGGGUGUCUCCUUGUGCCUACCGUGACCCUGAAUAGGAUAAAGUGGUGGUAAAACAGACAAUUAGUAAAUUAAUGUUUGGCCAUUAUAUAUAAACAGUCCUUUUAUAUAAACAGAUGCCUUGUGU